AAUUGUUAUUUUUUAAAUUUUUAAGGCUGCUGAACAAGGCCUCAAUCAUUUAUAAAAUUAAUUCUAAGGGUUGAGAGAAGGUAACUUUGCAGAGCACCACUAAUUCAAUAAAAGAACUCCCUAGAUUAUUUCCCUAUUCCUUAAUUCUCUCCUAAUUCUUCUAUCAACAAUCUCUGCAAUCCCAAUUUCGCUCCCAAAAUCUUUCAGAAACAGCAACACAACAUCAUUUUUUCACAAAACAUGAACCCCUCCAACGUCGAGCCAAUAGCCGCCUGCCACGUGGUGGCGAUCCCUUUUCCCGGCCGAGGCCACAUCAACCCAAUGAUGAACCUCUGCAAGUUUCUGUCUUCAAGAAAACCGGACAUCCUCGUAACCGUCGUAGUCACCGAAGAGUGGCUCGGCUACAUCGGCUCCGACGCCAAGCCGGACAACAUCCGCUUCGCCGCCGUGGCUAACGCCGCCCCUCCGGAGCGGCUAAAAGCCGUUGACUUCCCGGCGUUCUACGAAGCCGUCAUGACCAAGAUGGAAGCUUCUGUAGAGAAGCUACUUGAUCGGCUCCAAGCGCCGAUCAACGCCAUCGUGGCUGACAUAGAGCUGCUCUGGAGCGUCAAUGUCGGAAAGCGGAGGAAUAUUCCCGUGGCUUUGUUUUGGACCAUGACGGCGUCGUUUUUCGCCAUGUUGCACUGUUUUAAUCUCUUCGCAGAGGAUAACAAUAAUCUGCCGCCUCGUCUUUUGGUGGAGGGUAGUGAUGACAAGCAAUUGGAACACGUACCAGGACUUUCAACCGGGCAUGUAGCAGACCUUCAAACAGUCAUUCAGAAAACUGACAAAAGAGUCCUGAAACUUGCCUUGGAAUGCAUUUCAAAGGUGUCAAAAGCUCAAUAUCUUCUGUUGACUUCAUUCUACGAGUUUGAACCCCGAGCUAUGGAUUCACUACGCACACAAUUCCCUUUUCCUGUCUACCCCAUUGGCCCCGCCAUACCUUACUUAGAACUUGAUCAACACAACUCUUCAAGCUCUACUAGUAGAGAAGAACACGACUAUUUUCAAUGGCUGAAUUCCCAACCAUCAGGGUCUGUGUUGUACAUCUCACUGGGAAGUUUUCUUUCGGUCUCGAGUGCCCAAAUGGACGAAAUUGCUUACGGGCUGUGCGAUAGCGGUGUUAGAUUCUUGUGGGUGGCUCGAUCAGAAGCCUCUCGGUUGAAGGAGAUUUGUGGUGAUCUGGGGUUGGUAGUGCCAUGGUGUGACCAGUUAAAGGUGUUGUGUCAUUCUUCUGUAGGGGGAUUUUGGACUCAUUGCGGAUGGAACUCCCUUUUGGAAGCUGUUUUCGGAGGUGUUCCAAUGCUUACUUUCCCUUUGUUUUUAGACCAAUUUCCCAAUAGCAGACAAAUUGUCGAAGAUUGGAAGAUUGGGUGGAGGGUUGAGAGAGAUACGGGAAAUGAAAAUCUGAUGAAAAGAGAAGAAAUUACUAAGCUUGUGAAGAGGUUUAUGGACCAUGAAAGCAGUGAGGGGAAAGAAAUGAGGAAGAGAGCUAGAGAACUGAGAGAUGUGUGUCAACGAGCCAUUGCAAAAGGCGGAUCAUCUGACGAAAACCUGGAUGCUUUUAUCAGAAAUAUAUGUAACACAAGGCCAGUAAGCCAGUAGCAGAAUAAAUUGAUUUUGCCGUAGCUAUGUUCGUUUCGUUUCAUUUCGGUUCGUGUAAUACUAUGACAAUCAGUUAGCCUACUAGCUAUUACAGAGUUUUGUAUCAUUCUUCUGUGAGUGGUAUUCUGUUUGAAAAAGGUGUUUUCUGCCAGUCUUCUGUUCUUGCUUUUCCCAUUACUAUGGAUCAUGACCGAAACGUUAAGGUAAUUGUGGAGGAUUGGAAGAUUAGAUGAAGGAUCAACACCCAGGUAAAUAAAUGAUAGAUAUAAAGAGAGGAAGUAAUUGCAGGAUUAGUGAGGAAGUUUAUGUACUUGGAUCUUCAGAAGAUUAGUCUUGGUGCCGUUGCAAAAGUGGGAUCGUUUGAGACCAACUAAUGCCUUCUCAGACAUAUUUUUCAACUAAAUGCCUAAGUCAUAUUUUCACUCCACGCUGCCUAUAAGAGAAAAAAGGCUAAUAAUAUAUUUUUUUUCUUCUUCUCCUCUCAUUAUUUCACUCCACACUGCCUUUACUUCUCUCAUUUUUUCACUCCCCGUUCAAGCUAGGUUUUCUCUCCACCGCCGCUCCUUCUCUUCACUACCGUGACCCUCUCUUUCUCUCAGAAGUCACCCACCCUUGCGGCCUUGCUUCUUCUUCUUCUUUCAUCUCCGCCCUAUUCUCUCUGGACUCUCGUCAUCUCUCCAUCAGAUUCGGCCUUUGGGAAGUCGUAUUCUUCUCAUUUCUUCGUCAAAUCAGCCUUCGUGAAGUCUUGU